AUUGGCGAUCAAACGAUUGCAAUUGGUUUAGCACUUUGUCCGUUUUACACUUUCGCGAAAUCAAUUUAUCCCUCCUUUCUUAUCGCAUCUUUCCCUUGCCCAAUUUCACUUAUCUUUUUACUUGUAAUUUGCUUUUAAAUUUGAAAUAAAAAGCAGCAAUAAUUCAAAUUCAAAUACUUUUCUUAUACAAUGUUUGCCUUUAUCAGAAGCAGCGUGGUGACCCGCUCGCUCUUUACUGGUGCCGUUCCAGGUAACAAAGUGCGCACACUAGGGGCGUCAGCGCUGCUCCGGCACUACCACAAGCCAUCGCGCACGGCCUCGUUCAAGACUUUGACCAAGGAUGACCUCGAGCACUUUAAAAGCAUCCUUCCUGCGGAAACCAUCCUGGCAACCCCCGCAGUCGGCGGGUCAUCGGAUCCGAUCGAGCUAGAGGGUUUCAACGCCGAUUGGUUGAACAAGUACCGAGGCAACUCGCAGCUCGUUCUUCGGCCCAAGACUACCCAGGAGGUGUCUGAUAUUCUCAAGUACUGUAAUGCGCAAGGGAUUGCCGUGGUUCCGCAGGGCGGGAACACGGGAUUAGUGGGUGGCAGCGUGCCGGUGCAUGACGAAGUGAUUUUGAGUCUGCGUAAUAUGAGCCGGGUGCGGAACUACGACGAAUUAUCGGGAGUUCUGGUGUGCGAUGCCGGGUGUGUGCUGGAGGAGCUGGGGAACUAUGUUGGGGAACGGGACCACAUUAUGCCGUUGGAUUUGGGUGCCAAGGGGAGUUGCCAUAUUGGUGGCAACGUGGCGACGAAUGCAGGUGGAAUCCGGUUCCUGCGCUACGGAUCCCUGCAUGGAUCCGUACUGGGUCUGGAAGUGGUGCUCCCGGAUGGCACGAUCCUGGAUAAUCUUAGCACGCUGCGCAAGGACAACACCGGAUAUGAUCUCAAGCAGUUGUUCAUCGGGUCCGAGGGCUCCCUAGGAGUCAUCACCGGCGUAUCUGUCAUUACGCCACAGCGGUCCUCCGCGGUUAACGUCACGGUGCUUGGCGUUACGUCCUACGAGAACGUGCAGCGUGCCUUUGUGCUUGCGCGCAAGCGCUGCGGCGAGAUCCUCAGUGCAUAUGAGUUCUGGGACGCCACCUGCAUGGGUGCCGUACUGCAUCAUCAGUCACUGAAGAACCCCUUGUCUGCGGAGUUCCCGUUCUACGUGCUUAUUGAGACCAGCGGCUCGAAUAAGGAUCAUGAUGAUGAGAAGAUGGGCGGGCUGCUAGAAGAGUUGCUAGAGGAGGGCAUUGUAGAGGAUGGUGCCCUGGCGCAAGACGACUCGCAGAUUGCACGCAUGUGGACAAUGCGCGAGGGCAUCCCAGAGUCGCUGGGCAAGACUGGUGCCACGUACAAGUACGAUGUGUCGAUUCCCAUCCCUGUGCUCUACGAUAUUGUCGGCGAUAUUGCUAAGCGCCUGGAGAGCGCCCAGCUGUAUAAGCCUGGGGAGUCUGGCUUGCCCGUUAAGUUGGUCUGCGGGUAUGGGCAUAUUGGUGACGGCAACUUGCAUUUGAACAUUGUUGCAGAGAAGUUCGAGGACCGCGUGGCGGAUAUCUUUGAGCCCUAUGUGUACGAGUGGGUGAAGUCGCACCGCGGAUCUAUUUCGGCCGAGCAUGGAGUUGGGCUGAUGAAGCGCGACCAUUUGGAGUACUCAAAGUCGCCCGAGAUGAUUGCGUAUAUGAAGCGCAUGAAGGAGGUCUUUGAUCCCAAGGGCAUUCUCAACCCAUACAAGGUCGUGUAAAAGGAGUAUGUUUUUUCUUUAUUAUUAAAUCAAUCAAUCGAUCAAUUGUGAUUUGUUU